GAACAAGCAGCAAGGGGCGAGAGUGCAAAAAUACUCUGUGUGGCUAAUCAAAAGUUAUUGAAACCAUAAAACAUUCCCAAUGCUACGGUAGAAAUAUCGUAUCAGUCGUUCUCAUUGCAUUGCGCACUGAACACCUUAAACUCGGCGAAACACUCGGCUUAAAGACAAUGACUCGACAAGGUGCGCAGCUGGCAUUUUUACCAAUAUUAUUGUUCUUCUGCAUACUGAAAUUGGUCGCUGCUGGCGUCCCAUUGAACCGAUACGAGACGCUCUUGAAACAGCAAUCGGCACCGGUAGACGAGGAGCUCGGCCUGUACGAUGACAGCGAUAAGGUGGUCAAGCUAACCGUGGCCAACUUUAAUGAGACAGUGCUGGAGCAAAAUCGCGGCACGCUCGUCGAGUUCUAUAAUACAUAUUGCGGGCAUUGCAGACGCUUUGCGCCCAUAUACAAGCAGGUGGCCGAGCAGCUGCACGCCUGGCGGGAUGUGCUCAUUGUCAGUGCGAUUGACUGUGCCGCCGAGGAGAACAAUGGCGUCUGUCGCGCCUACGAGGUCAUGGGCUAUCCAACGUUGCGGUAUAUGGGCCCGGGCUAUCAGCCCAGCGCCAUGCAAUAUGGCCUGAAAUUGGAGACCCAAAAGCCCGACGAGAUACGCAGCCUGCUCGCUGGCAUGGUGGCCGCCGAGAAUCAGACUGUUAAUAACACACAUUGGCCCAAUUUUGUGCCCGUCAGCGAAAGUGAAAGCACCGCCACGGCGCUGUUCGAGGGCCUCAACAGCCAGCGGGAGUAUGUGGCGCUCAUACACGAGCCGGAGAACUCUACGCUGGGCGUCGAAACGGCCCUCUUUCUGCUGCAGUGGCCCGCCGUACAGGUGCGUCGUUUCAGCGAUGCCGCCGUUGCGGCCAAAUUUAAUUUGGACACCAGCCAGAAGCAGCAGGUGGCGCUUGUGGAUCGUCAGGGCAAUGUGAAGGUGCUCACACCGUCCAGUCAGAGCAGCGAAGCCUAUGCCAAAGCCAUUGAGGAUGCGCUGCGUGCUCUGAGCUUUACACCCCGACCAGAGCAACAGCAGGCGCAGUCGCAGCCGGCGGCGAACGACGGCAGCCAGCAUGGAGAACUCAAAGAGAUCAUCAGCGAGGUGCAUCGCAACAAGCACUUGAUUUAUCAGGCGGAUCUGGAGCAGGCCAUACGCACCAUUCUGCACAACGAGGUGGCCAAAGUGAAUGUGAUAAGCGGCGAGCGGUUGCUGGCGCUGCAGCGCUUUCUGACCGUGCUCCAGCGCUACAAUCCGUUGGGCCAGGCGGGACGGCAGCUGGUGGCCAAGCUCAGGGAUUAUGUUGCGCACUUCAAUCAACAGCUGACGGGCAAGGAGUUUGAGCAGGAGCUGCGCCGCCUCGAGUCGAAACUGGGUCACAUCUACUCAAGCACACACUAUGUGGGCUGCACGGGCUCCAGUCCGCAUUUGCGCGGCUUCAGCUGCUCGCUGUGGACGCUUUUCCAUUUCAUGAGCGUCCAGGCGGCCGGCAACGAACAGUCGCAGGAUCCACUCGAGGUGCUGCAGGCGAUGCAUGGCUAUAUCAAGAACUUCUUUGGCUGCACCGAUUGCAGCGAGCAUUUCCAGGCAAUGGCAACACGCCGCAAAAUCUGGAACGUUGCUACCAAAGACGAAGCCGUGCUGUGGCUCUGGGCUGCGCAUAAUGAGGUCAAUCAGCGUCUGGCUGGCGACGAUACCGAGGAUCCGCAAUUUCCCAAAGUACAAUUCCCCAGUGCCAGCAGCUGUGCCAAGUGCCGGCAGGCGCCAACCUCCGACCUGAAAGAGAAUUUGGAAAUUAACUGGAACAAGGAGGCGGUGCUGAGUUUCCUCAAGAACAUACACAAUCCGCAGUUCGUCAGUCGCUUUGGCGUGCAGCGCGAGGAGCUGCUGCACGAGACGCUUGACAAGAUGCGGCAAAAGCGUCAGAUCUCUAACGUCUUCUCCGACAUGGAUAUGCGUAUGGGCAUGUUCCUGUAUGCCUUCUGCAUUGUCAUGAUGGUGCUGGCCUUUAAGCUGUUCGCCUUCAAAGGCGGCUACCGCAAGAAGCCGUAUGGACACGAUCUGCUGGGCAAGGUGUAAUGCACUCAGAGCUUUGGCUCAAUUAUCAUAAAGACACACACAAAUUUCUAACGACCACCUCUUAAUGUUUUUUGUACGUAUUGUAACUCACAAUUAUGUUUAAGCUGAACGUGUAUAUAUCAAUUAUCUUCCAGUUGUAAUCCUUUAUCAUAACGAAAACAAUCGCUUUUAUAAAAUUACGUAUCAAAAUGUAC